AAGCUGGAAGCAUCUGAACUAGAAGCUGCGCGCUGCUCUUCUCAUGCUGCUCAACCAUGCAUGCAUUUUGGAGAUUACGCACGAAGGGAGCCGCUAACCUGCGGGGUUUCUUUCUAUCUUUUCUCUCCGAAGAAGAAAAUCCAACCUGUGGAUAGUGUGGAGCGCGUCCACGUCCCACCGGCCGGUCUCCUCUGGUUCUGGGACACUCCGUCUCCAGGCUGGCGUGCGCGUCUUCUCGCCGUUGGAUCAAUUAAACUCAGUUUAUGAAUGGCACUGACAUGGAGGAAAUACCGUUUCAGAAAGUCAAAACCAGGCGGAAGAGAAGUCACUGUCCACCGGGUGUCCCUUUGACCACCAUCGUGUGCGAGGACGAGUUCGACUGCAAAGAGCUGGAGUCUCUCUUCCAGAACUACAACCUGAAGUUGGAGCAGACGUCCACUCUCAAAGCUCUCGCCGUCCUCAUCUUCAUGUCCUCCACACUGGCCGUGGUGGAGUUACUGUCCGGACCCAGUCUCACCAUCUCCAAGGGGUCCCACCCGGUCCACUGUGUCAUCUUCGUGUCCCUGUUUAUAGUGACUAACGUCAAGUACCUGCAGGUGACUCAGCUUCAGCAGGUCGUCAACCUGACUCUGCUCUUCGGCUUCACUUUCUCCUUCCUCUGCUGCCCGUUCCCCCUGGGUUCGAUGGGAAUGGAACCCCUCACGUCCCCGGAGCAAGGCAUGUGGCAGCUGAUCCUGGUCACCUUCGUGGCCUACGCGCUGCUGCCCGUCAGGACGCUCUUAGCUGUGGUCUUCGGGAUCCUGGUGUCCAUCUCUCAUUUGAUUGUGAGCGCCACUUCUGUCACGGCCAAAACGCACAAGCUGUGGAGGACGUUGGUUGCCAACACGAUGCUGUUUGCCAGCGUCAACCUGUCAGGGCUGUUUGUGCGCAUCCUGACAGAACGGGCUCAGAGGAAGGCCUUCCUUCAGGCUCGCAACUGCAUCGAAGAGAGAUUCCGGAUGGAGGAUGAGAAUGAAAAACAGGAGCGCCUGCUAAUGAGUUUACUGCCCAGAAAUGUGGCCAUGGAGAUGAAGGAAGAUUUCCUCAAACCCCCAGAAAGGAUUUUUCACAAAAUCUACAUCCAGCGCCAUGACAACGUCAGCAUCCUAUUUGCAGACAUUGUAGGUUUCACCAGUCUGGCCUCUCAGUGCACAGCCCAGGAGCUGGUUAAACUGCUAAAUGAGCUGUUUGGAAAGUUUGAUGAGCUCGCCACGGAGAAUCACUGCCGGAGGAUUAAGAUCCUGGGUGACUGUUACUACUGUGUGUCUGGACUGACCCAACCCAAGACUGACCACGCCCACUGCUGCGUGGAGAUGGGUCUGGACAUGAUUGACACCAUAACGUCAGUAGCGGAGGCUACCGAAGUCAACCUCAACAUGCGCGUGGGCUUACACACAGGUCGGGUCCUGUGUGGCGUGCUGGGCCUCAGGAAGUGGCAGUAUGACGUGUGGUCCAAUGAUGUGACUCUGGCCAAUGUGAUGGAGGCAGGAGGACUUCCUGGGAAAGUCCACAUUACCCGAUCCACGCUGGAGUGCCUGAACGGAGACUAUGAGGUGGAGCCUGGAUAUGGAUAUGAAAGAAAUGCCUUCCUCCAAAAACAUGAAAUUGAAACCUUCUUUAUCGUGCCAUCUCACCGACGGAAGAUAUUCCCAGGAUUGAUUCUUUCGGAUAUAAAGCCCGCCAAAAAGAUGAAGUUCAAAACUGUCUGCUACUUACUAGUGCAGCUUAUGCACUGCAGGAAGAUGUUCAAGGCUGAGAUUCCCUUCUCCAAUGUCAUGAACUGCGAGGACGGUGAUAAGCGGAGGGCCAUGCGGACGGCUCCACAGAAGCUGAGGAAUCGCACCAACACUAACCAGGCAAAUGUGAUCCAGAGCAGCCCCAGAACCCGGGUCAACCGCUACAUCGGUCGUCUGAUUGAGGCUCGGCAGACCCAAUCAGACACGACGGACCUCAACUUCCUCACGCUCAUGUAUAAAUGCUCUGAGCGUGAGCAGAGGUAUCACCAGCUUCCUGAUGAGUACUUCACCAGUGCAGUGGUUCUCUCACUUAUCCUUGCUGCCUUGUUUGGCCUUGUCUAUCUUCUCAUCAUACCACAGGGCACAGUGGUGCUAGUUCUUCUCGUCUUCUGCAUCUGUUUCCUCGUAGCUUGCAUCAUGUAUCUGCAUAUCACUAGACUACAGUGUUUUCCGGGUUGCUUGACCAUUCAGAUUCGCACUAUUCUGUGUGUCCUCAUAGUGCUCUUAAUCUACGCUGUGGCUCAGGCCUGUGUGGUGGGCUGCAUGCCCUGGCUGUGGGGUAGUGCCAACACCAACAGCUCCAUUGUCAUCAUCGAUGUGGAUGGUAUCAACCGCACCAUGACGGAGCUGCCUUGCGAUGGAGCUCGCUAUACCUUCUUGUCCUGUGUAGUGGGCACCCUCACUCUGGCACUUUUCUUACGUGUCUCCUGGCUUCCAAAGAUGAUGCUAAUGCUCCUUUUGGGAGUGCUUUAUAUCACCGUGUUGGAGCUCAGCGGCUUUCGGAAAACUGCAGGAGGGGGCUCUUUCCACAUCCGGGGCUAUGAACCCAUCCUGUCUCUGCUGCUCUUUGUCAGUGCUCUGGCCCUCCACUCUAGGCAGCUUGACCUCAAACUGCGCUUGGACUUCCUGUGGGCAGUGCAGGCGGAAGAGGACAGGGACGGCAUGGAGAAAGUGAAGCUGGACAACAGGAGGAUUCUCUUCAAUCUUCUGCCGGCUCACGUGGCUCAACACUUUCUGUUGUCCAACCCCAGGAACAUGGUGAGCCUCGCCACUAAACACAGGGACAGACAGAUGCAGAAAGACAAACAGGAUUUGUACUAUCAGUCCUACGCUCAGGUUGGCGUCCUGUUUGCCUCCAUCCCAAACUUUAAUGACUUUUAUAUUGAACUCGAUGGCAACAACAUGGGAGUGGAGUGUCUGAGACUGCUGAAUGAGAUCAUUGCUGACUUUGAUGAGCUGAUGGAUAAGGAGUGCUACAAAGACAUCGAGAAAAUCAAAACCAUUGGGAGUACAUACAUGGCUGCUGUGGGUCUCGUCCCAACAAUUGGUACUAAGGCCAAAAAGUCCAUUUAUGAUCAUCUGAGCACGAUAGCCGACUACGCCAUUGAGAUGUUUGACGUUUUAGAUGAAAUCAACUAUCAGUCGUACAAUGAGUUCGUCUUGAGAGUGGGCAUCAAUGUGGGCCCGUGCGUUGCCGGGGUGAUUGGUGCACGGCGGCCUCAGUAUGACAUCUGGGGGAACACAGUCAAUGUGGCGAGCCGUAUGGACAGCACCGGGGUUCCUGGAAAGAUACAGGUGACUGAAGAGGUCUACCGCCUGCUGAACACUAACUAUGACCUAGUUUGCCGUGGCAAGGUCAGUGUCAAGGGAAAGGGUGAGAUGCUGACUUAUUUCCUGGAAGGAAAGGUUCAGGGUGUGGGUACUGCAACCACUUUCUCAGUGAUGCGUUCUGCCAGCCUGGCACGGAGGAUACACUCCUGCGGCAAGACAAGCGUCCCGACCAAUCUUUGCAGCGUCUCCUCUGUGGCCAGCCCGAUUGUCCACGCCAGCACGGCCAGCGCCAUUCAGACCAAUGCUGCCAACAGCAGCAACAGCCAAGCAACGCGCCUGGCGUCGCCAUGUGUGCCGGCCGUGGGUGAGGAAGAUGAAGACGAGGAAGUCGAGCUGACACAGAUUCAGGUUAAGACUGUGGCGGAUGUAGCUGUGUAGCAGUCUGGAGGAAAGACUAAAAGGAAAAAAAGUUGUAAAUGAAGUUGUUAAAAAGAAGGAAACCACUGGUUGAAGGCCUGGAGAAGUCAGGGCUGUCCAGAUAUCGUCUCAUGUAACUUGAGUUACUGGUGCAACCCAGAAUUUGCUCAGUCAGGACAUACAUAAUCCUCCAGAGGUAUCACAUGGUGAUACCCAGAGGUAUUCCUUGAGGGAAUCUUACUCGGUCUUUGGAGACAAUACCACAUGAAGGCAGGUAUCUACCAGGAAUCUCAAAUCCUCUUUUGACAUCUGUAUCCACGACAGUUUGGUUCAUGGUGUUCCUGGGUUGCCUCAGUGCCAGGUAUAAUGCUAUGUAUGUCCGGCACAUAUUCCACAAUAUAUGCCAGAAACAAAGACUGAAAGUGCUUUUGCACUGUCUUCUGAUUAUGCCAAGGAUACAUUGCAUUAUACACAGUGUAAAAUAGUG